AUGUACGAUAGUAUUAGGCUGUCAGAACCGGCGAUCUUGGCGUGCUCCGCUCCAAGCAAAACUGCAAUCGCAUCCCGGCCUUGUCGAAAACUCGAACGCGAUUCUGGGCUGGCCAUGGAUCCGGACACGGAGGUCGACUUCGACUUCUCGCCCUUCCUCGUGCGCUACAAGAGCGGGCGCGUCCACCGCCUCAUGGGCUCCUCCAGAGCCAGCGCCGGCGUGGACGCCGCCACCGGCGUCACCUGCAAGGAUGUCCUCAUCGACGCUGACGCCGGCCUCGCCGCGAGGCUCUACCUGCCCAAGGGCGUCCCGGCCUCCAAGAAGCUCCCCGUCCUCGUCUACUUCCACGGCGGCGCCUUCGUCGUCCAAACGGCCUUCUCCGCCGUCUACUACCGCUUCCUCAACGCGCUCGUAGCCGCGGCCGGCGUCGUCGCCGUGUGCGUCGACUACCGCCUCGCGCCCGAGCACCCUCUGCCGGCCGCCUACCACGACGCGUACGCCGCGCUCCGCUGGACCAUGUCGAGCUGCUCGCCCGCUGGGACGGAGCCGUGGCUGGCCGAGCACGGCGACGCCGCGCGCAUCUUCGUCGCGGGCGACAGCGCCGGCGCCAACAUCGCGCACAACGUGGCGAUGAAGGCCGGCAGCGCCCGGAUCGAGGUCGAGGGGAUGGCGCUCCUGCACCCCUACUUCCGCGGCAGGGAUCUCCUGCCGUCCGAGGGCACGAACCCCAGGCUCGCGCGCACGGAGGCCGAGCGUGGAGAGGAGACGUGGGCCUUCGUGUGCGCCGGGAGGUACGGGAUCGACCACCCGUUCAUCAACCCGCUGGCGAUGCCGGCGGAGCAGUGGGCGACGCUCGGCUGCCGGCGAGCUCUGGUCACCGUGGGGGACCUAGACACGCUGCGGGACAGAACCCGGAGGUACGUGGAGACGCUGAGGGGGAGCGCGUGGGGAGGCCAGGAGGCGCUGCUGCACGAGACCGACGGCGAGGGACAUGCAUACUUCCUCGAGAAAUCCGGCCAGGGCCACAAGGCGGACAAGGAGAUGGACGCCGUCGUCUCCUUCAUCAAAGGAAGACAGGAUGGAUUCAUUGGAGGAUCCACCUGCUCAUCGUCCUUGUGAAACGCCUCCCAAUUGGUCUUUCUUUCUUCCCAUGAGUUAUCAACUAUACUUUUUUUUUCUUUUCUUUGCGAAGCAUGAACUAUAUAUACUCCCUGUACGUCUCCUAAAUUAAAAUUAAGAUACAUACUGAAUUUGGUCAAA